UCCCCUCGCAGUGGGGGGAAGGAAUCAAACCCCCAAGAUGGCGGCGGCGGCGGAGGCGCGAAUGGCGGAGGAAGGAGGCGGCGGCCACGGCGACGGCGGCUCCUCUUCGGCCACUGGCUCUGCCCAACGACAGCCCCCACAGCCCCCACCCCAGACCCCGCAGCCGGCGUCCCAGGCAUCCCCAGCACCGGCGCUGUCUCCGGACCAGCUGCCUCAAAACAACACGCUGGUGGCGCUGCCCAUCGUAGCCAUCGAGAACAUCCUCAGCUUUAUGUCCUACGACGAAAUUAGCCAGCUCCGCCUGGUUUGUAAAAGAAUGGACUUGGUGUGCCAGAGAAUGUUGAAUCAGGGGUUUCUGAAAGUGGAGAGGUACCAUAAUCUAUGUCAGAAACAAGUUAAAGCACAACUUCCACGGAGAGAGUCAGAAAGGAGAAACCACUCAUUAGCUCGUCAUGCAGACAUUCUUGCUGCUGUUGAAACAAGGCUGUCACUAUUAAAUAUGACUUUCAUGAAGUAUGUGGAUUCCAAUCUUUGUUGCUUCAUCCCAGGAAAGGUGAUUGAUGAGAUUUAUCGUGUGUUGAGAUAUGUCAAUUCUACCAGAGCCCCUCAACGAGCUCAUGAAGUUCUUCAAGAAUUAAGGGAUAUUUCUUCCAUGGCAAUGGAAUACUUUGAUGAAAAGAUUGUUCCAAUUCUAAAGAGAAAAUUACCAGGAUCAGAUGUGUCUGGAAGACUCAUGGGGUCUCCGCCAGUUCCAGGACCAUCUGCAGCCCUCACGACAAUGCAGCUUUUCUCCAAGCAAAACCCUUCAAGACAAGAGGUUACCAAACUCCAGCAGCAGGUUAAAACAAAUGGUGCUGGCGUGACUGUUCUCAGGCGUGAAAUUUCUGAGCUUCGCACCAAAGUGCAAGAACAGCAGAAACAGCUUCAAGACCAAGAUCAGAAACUGCUAGAGCAGACACAGAUCAUAGGGGAACAGAAUGCACGGUUGGCAGAGCUGGAGCGCAAACUGCGAGAAGUAAUGGAAAGUGCAGUGGGAAACUCCUCAGGGUCUGGGCAGAGCGAGGAGUCUCCUCGGAAACGAAAAAAGGCCACAGAAGCCAUAGACUCUCUUAGGAAAUCUAAACGUCUUCGGAAUAGGAAGUAAAUUGGAAAGUGUUUCUAGCUCCAGAGGCAGACAUGGCUUAGUAGCUUAAGCAGUUAUGCAUAUCAGGAUACCGUGAGCAGCAUGGUGUCCCCUUGGCUUCUAGGCUUUCAGAUCACAACUUGAACUCUUAUUGUUGGGACAUUUCCUUUCCUGCUUCUUCUGGUUGAACUAAUGCACAGAGUCUUUUUACUUUGCAAUAGAUUUGUACUAACCAGACCUGUUCUAUCAUGUUUUGAGGAGUUAACUUUUUUCUGUGCAGAUAAUGUUUAAAGUAAGUUAAUUUGUUUCUGCAUAUAUGCACAUUACAUAAAGAUCUUAAACCCAGUCUUGAUAGACUAGAAGUUACGUUUCAUAUAGAAAAUGUCCUGUUCACUUGAAAGAAAAGACUUACUUUUUAAAAUGGACACUAUCUUGUUUUUUUGUUUUUUUGUUUUUAAGUUGUCUUUUGUUAUAAGUGACCUUUGUCUGGAAUGUCUGAAAAGUAGUUAAUGCUUUUUGGUAUUGAAGUAAUGGGUAACUAAAACGGACUUCCAUAGUAUUGACUGUAGAAGAAGCCUCUACAGUAUUGACUAUAUAUUUUUAUAAACUACUGGCAAGGGACUUACCCAGUUGUUAGAUACAUGUUUUCAAUUCUCUUUUGGGGCCAUGUCCUACAUUUGCAUGGAUGGAUGCAUGUGUUGCCUAGUCAACUCACUUAAAAGCUCUUGCACUGGGAUUGAUCUUGAACCUCUACACUUCACUUUUUAGAGCAGUGUCUUAGUUUAUUUAAGCGCUUAAUAUCUUCCACCACAACAGCUUGCCUCUAGAGGAAGAAUUGUUAGUCUGUUUGUCCUCCAGUUUUAUAGGAAGAAGAAACUCUUGAAGCCCAUUGCUUUAUUUAUUCUCUGUAGAGUUCAGGUACACUGGCUAAGACAGAACCCCAAAUUCCAAGGCUCUUUCAAUAUUGAACCUCCGUGAGUAGGGGACCCAACUUCCAGGAUGUAGUUUUGCCAUUGAUUCAGGAAAAGUUCCUUGAAGAAAAUUGGAGCAUGAGAAAGCAUUCUGAUUAUUUCUUUUCUGGGGGAUGACCUGCGGAAAGCUUUUUAAUAUUAAUUUCAAGCUUUCCUUAUCCUACAACUUUAAAUGAAAGCUUUAAUUUCAUUUGCACUCCUGUUUUGAGCUUGUAACUGGAAAAGCAUGUCUUGCACUGUUCAGCCUUCUGAGUGGUCACUUUAACAACCUUCAAAUUGUGUUCAGUGGUUAUUUCCCCCAGUUACAUAUUUUUUGAGACAUUGAACUAUCACUGUCCUAGUUUUAUUUUAAUGUACUGAAUUAUGUAGUUAUGUGUUACGUUCUUUUAAACAA